CGGAAGCGGUUGUGCCGCGGAACGUCUUUUAAAUGCGGCGCGUAAAGUUUUUUAAACGUGAAUUAAAAUAUAUAAUUUAACUGAGAUAAAGUGAAACUAAAUAACAGUCAGUUGAAAUUAUAAAAAGAAAAUUUAACUAAAAUGUGAGAUUACUAUAAAAGCUCAGUGAACCCGGCAAACAAAUCAAAGUGAUUAUCCGGUGUAUAGGAAAAAUCCAUUUGUUUAUAUUUUUAAACUGUGCGUUAUCGAACGGAUGCCCGUUGGCCAUGUAGCUGAACCCAGCGAAACUUUGACUUGCACUUGUGACACACUCAUUUUCAUGCCCAUUUCCAUUUCCUUUUGAUCGCAUUGACUUAUCAGUGUGUGUGCACAAAAUGCACUCAACACAAUCGGCAUAAAGUACGGACCAAGUGAAUCAGUGAGCGAAAAUCCAUAAGGAAAUAGUGAUAAAAAUGCUUCCGAUUGGCUGGGCGAUCCUGCUGCUCCUGCUGCCCUUUGGCGUGGUGAGUGCUGUUCGCCAGCUGGAGGAGAAUCAGAGCACCAAGAACGAUCACCUGCACUCCACGGAGCGUCAGGUGCGAAGGCGAACCAACAAAAGCAAUGCCUCGGUGGACCAUCAGCGUCACCUGGCUGGAGGAGGAGGAGGAGCUAGGAAAAAUAGCCGGCGACCAACUGAGGCAUCUUCGGUGAGCCUGGACUCGGAUGACUACGAUUGGUUGGAGGCGGACACCAGCGAGGUCAUCGAUAGCUCCGAAACGGCGGCUUUGGGAACUGUGAAAUCAUCCGGAGAAUCGCCUGAUAUCUUCACAUGUUGCAAUCAGGUCUUCGGCUCAUGUCGCACAGCAUGCGAAAAUUUAUCUCUGGUUGAAUAUGCCACUGGCGGCACUGGGGAUAGUCGCGAGGAACUGCGCAAAUAUUGUCAACUCCACCAGGUGGAGUUCUGGACCUGCGUUAACCAGACCCUCGAUGCGGUGUCCCGUGGUGCUGACUGGUCGGGCAGGCGUUGCUGCCAAUUUGGGGUUCUGCCACAUUGUCGUAAUGCCUGCGCCUCCUCCAGCCGCUCACCUGUGCACACCUGCCGGCGUAGCGAUGAGCAGACGCUGUACGACUGCCUGGAGCGCCAGGAGGCGGCGGAUCAGUGCUGCGGUCAGGCGCGCACUUCCGAGUGUCUUGAGGCCUGUCGGGCUGUUUUUGAGCCCUCGAAUGACAACCAGGAUCAUGUGGACAUAAAUGGAGCCUGUGGAGAGCGCAACUUGGAUGUGGUGCAGUGCAUCCACAACCACACGGACAUGACUCCGCUGGCUAAUGCUGAGCAGUAUAUACCCUGCUGUGAGUACAGCAACAAGGAGCACUGCCGGCACACCUGCCGCAAUCUUCUUCGCCAGAACGCCACGAGGAUGGAGCGAAGUGAGGUGAUCUUCUCGCGUCUAGAGGCGGCGGGAUGUGGUUCUCCUCUCCCCCAACUUCCCUUCUGGCAGUGCUUUCUAACGGUCACAGGGAAACUGUAUGUACCAGGCGGAUCUGGAGGAGCAGGGGGUUCCCCCUCCCACACCCGCCUAGGAGGCAAGGGAGGAGCUCUGGGUGAACCCAAUCAUUUAGGAAUGGAUGCAGCUAAGAGGCAGUGCUGCGAGCAGGCCAGCAGCCACAAGUGCCGGCGUCUGUGCAACCAGAUCUUCACCAGCAACUGGUGGGAGGCAAGGUCCAGCUUUGAGAACGAGUGCAUGGAUCAGCCAGGGGAGAGGAACCUGCGUCGCUGCAUUGACAGUGUGGAUGCCCCAUGUGAAUUGGGGUGCCAGGGUCUCAGUUUCUGCUCCAACUUCAACAACCGACCGACGGAACUCUUCCGGAGUUGCACGCCUGAGCACGAUGCGGCGGCUCGAGAGGAUCUGCAGCUAUUACAGCAGCGAGGAACUGUGAGGGUCCUUGGACAAGAGCUCUUCAUCAAAAACACCAGUCGCUGUGCCCCGGAAAAGUGGCAGGCUCUGGUGUGUGCCCUCCAACUCAGGCCCUGCACUCGUGUGGAUCUCUUCAAUGGCAUCUGCAGCGAGGAUUGCCAUGAGCUCCUGGAGGAGUGCCUAGACUGGACGCGACAGCAUCAGAGACCCAAGGAUAUCUGCUCAAGGCUGAAGGAAAAGGAUGAAGAUGACCCAUUGCCGUGUAUUUCCCUGGAGGGUUACCUAAAGCCGGGGGAUUCCACUGCCGAGGAAUCCCAGGGCAUCACCUCGCCAUGCUCCAAGAAACCCUGCAACGGCAGCGAGGUGUGCAUCCUGCAGCGGGGCGGAAACCAAGGAUAUUCCUGCAUACCAGGCUGUAACCUGGGACAGGAUUCAAAGUUCUUUGUGCCCUUCGGCUCGUAUGUGCGGCUGGGAAAGAGUAACCACAAGAAAAUAGAGGUGGGUCAGUUGCCGCUGGCCGAGCACAUAGUCUGCUCUUGCGGAUUACAAGGUCGCCUGGAGCAGUGUCAACCUCUACCGAGUUACAGUCACGCCCAUUGCACCCUGCCAGGAGGCAGAAGCUAUCGCCAUGGCUCCUCCUUUUACCUGGAAUGUAAUCUUUGCAGUUGCUUUGCCGGCGAGAUCACCUGCACCAAGCAGCAGUGUCGCCUGCCGGGAUUCGCAGACUCCAGUUACACCAGUCUCCCGUGUAAUUGUCCUGCUCACUAUGUUCCCGUUUGUGGCUCUAAUGGGAAUACUUAUCCCUCGGCCUGCGUGGCCAAGUGCCAUAUGCCGGAGGGGGACUAUGUCUAUGGGGCCUGCAAUGCCCGGAAUGCCUGCCAGGCAGCAGGUCCAAAUAGUUGUCCCCAGGGAACUCAGUGCCUGGACAAGAGGAAGGUGUGCCUGGCCAGCAUGCAGAGGCCUUGCUUGCAGUAUGUGUGUGUCAACGCCACCGCCUCGAACUGCUCCUCCUUCCACCAGGGUGAGGUGUGCGACACCCAAGGACGCACCUAUCCGAAUGCCUGUGCCAUGCUGCGAGUUAAUCCCCAGGCUCAGGUAGCCUAUUGGUCUGCCUGUCAAUCCAGCAGGACGGCUGCCUCAGCAUCACCAGUUUGCGGCAUCAAUGGAGUUACCUACAAGAGCAGCUUUGCUGCCCGCGCGGAAUACGUGAUGGUUGACUAUGUGGGAAGGUGUCGAGAGGUCGGUUUGCUGGCCAGCGACAUGGGCAGACGCUGCCGAACUGUGGUGUGUCCAGCUCCCGUGUCCAAGCACUGUCGGCUGAUAGUUCCCCCAGGCGCCUGUUGUCCUUUGUGCGCUGGAGGAGCUUUUCGUAUCAUUUACUCCAGGAAGCAGUUUGAUCGCGCCAUGUAUGGCCUGCGAGCGCAGAGCACCACGUUGCUGACCCUGCAUGGAGUGCUUCAGCAACUGGAUGGCCUGGUUCAGGUCAGCGAGUGCCAGAUGACAGGGUUCCUCACCAUGGAAGUGGGCAUCUUUGUGGCCUUGGUGCCAGCCAGCAGUGUCAAGCGACCGUCGCGUCUCCAGUUAGAGGCCUGUGCCCGCGAGGCCGAGAAGAUAUCAUCGUUGAUCAACGCCCAAUCACCCAGGAUCACCACGAAUCUAGCGUUAUCCUGCCUGACGGUGUCACACCUACUAGAACCCACGCCAAAUGGAGCAACCGCCAGCAGUGGUUAUCACACCACGUGGUUGGUGCUCCCCCUACUUCUGUUAGCUUUUAGAUUAAUCUUAGCUUAGGCUAGGCUGUUAGGGAGCAGAGGAGCCUGUAUGAUUUGACUCAAUCAAGUGAAUUCUUGGUGCCAAUUAAUCGGUUAGUAUAAGGAGAUGGAAAGUGCCUUCAACUUGUUAGGAAUUGACCCCUCUAAAACCUUGUGAUAUUAGCUAAAAUUAAUUGUUAAGCUCGAAAGGGGCAGAUGAAGCCUUUAUCUUUAUCAUUAGUUUAGUUUUUGUGCAGGAAUGAUUAAAUUACUUAAUAGAGCAGGAGGAAUUUCACUCAAUGGUAAUGCUAUAAUUUUUAGGGAACCAUUCUAAAGUUGAUUAUAAUUUCUAGUCUAUCAGGAAUGCCACAGAAGUCGUUACCAAUUUUAAAUAAAUUUAAAGGUAAUUAAAAGUCACCUAAAAUUAUGCAAAAAGCAUUCUUUUGUAAGACAUUUUGUAGCUUACUUAUGGGCAUUAUUUAAAGCUAUUCGAAAUCGGUUAAGGUAUCUUAGCUAUGCUUAAUUUUGUAAAUGUUUAAUUUUAAAAACUCAAUACCAUUGAGGAGUAUUCCUGGUCUCCACAAAAAUAAUUAUUUUAUUUAUUUUUCAGAGAAAAAAAAUUAUUAAUAAUUUAUUUUUCAGAGAAGAAUA